UACGCGAAGCUAGACGCACGUGGAUCUCGUGUCGCGAUGAUCUCAGAGAGUACGCUGACAUAUUCAGGUGACAUACACUACCUCCAACAAACGCAACGCUCUGGGACGGACGAAGUACACGGCGAGAAUCGCUAACAGCCUAGAUAUCAACAUUUCACUACCGAAGAGAGCCGACAGUUACGGCGGCGGCGGUGCUGGUGGCUGCUAUCCGGUAGCCGCUGCUUACAGCAGCUCGCUGCCGUCGACAAGCUUCGCUACUCCGUCGCCUCAACCGGUACCGAUGGGUGCACGUACAGCGAUGGCCACUGCCACUUGGUAUCCCCAGAAUCCUCAGCAAGGCAGUGGCUAUCUGGCCGCUUCGGUACCACAAGCGAGGUCGGCGACGAACGGACCUUGCGCGUCCACGUCGACGUACCCGCAACCGGGAUACCCAAGCUCUUCUCCGUCACCGGGUUCUAUGAAGAUGUCACCGAAUGCUUCUCCGUAUGCGCAGUAUGCGCUAAAUUACUACCACCAGCAAAAUAUUGCUCGGGAGCGCGAACGUGAAGCUUACUAUCGGUCGCGGAAUAUGAUGAUGCCCAUGUUGCCGCCCCAACAACAAAUGCAACAACCUCCGGACUGGAGAUCUUAUGGUGGGUUUUGA